UUGCCUGGUGAAGGGCCGUUUCUGGCAUUUUCUCAUCCACCAUCAUGUGCACAGAAUGUUGAAGCACGGCCGACACUGUUCGUCAACGAUCCGUACCCAUUUCGCGUCAACGAAGACUGCCUGUAUUUGAAUAUAUUCACACCUGCCGUAUCUUCGCGAGGCGUUCUCCCUGUUAUUGUUUUCUUGCACGGUGGCAAUUUUCAAACGGGCUCCUCGAACGAAUGGCCCGGUCAUGUGCUUGCCUCCCGUGGCAUAGUUGUUGUCAGCGUGAAUUAUCGUCUUGGCGCUUUUGGUUUUUUGGGGUUUGGCGAUACGAAAACUGGCAAUUAUGGCCUUCAGGAUCAAAGAACGGCGUUGCAAUUUGUGCAGGACCAUAUCGCAUCGUUCGGUGGUAAUCCAAGGCAAGUAACGCUUGUUGGUCAUGAUGCUGGAGCAGUGAAUUUGUUUCAUGCAGCUGCAGCAAUGUCCGGUGCCGAAGUUUCAUAUCAUUCAACAAUAGGAAAGCCAGCUCUUGCAUUCAAUAAUACCAUAAAACUGGGCCGAUAUCUUGGUUGCACUCAAGCCGUAGCCGAUCAUGUCUGGGAUUGUAUCAUGACGAGAUCCACAAAUGACAUCAUUCAAGCUCUUCAUACGAUACCAGUACGUUUUUUGUCGUAUCGGAAAAUCCGAGGUCUAAGGAUGCAGUAUGAAUUUGCACAGGACAUACGGUUCACUUAGGG